UACCUGAGUAUUUUAGACAAUGUGAAUAUGAAUUCCAAUUGAACGCUCGCGCGAUGGAAACGCUCGCGAAAUGGAGAUCUAGACUACUUCUUCGAAUUCCUUUUUCUUUCUUGAGGAUGAUAAUCAGUUUCUUUUCUUCAAAACCUCAAAAUGGAAGAGCAAAAGGGAAAAAAACAGCAUCGAGCAAAGAUGCAGGGUACAGGUGGCGGUGCUGAAGCUGGAAGCCAUUCCAAACGACCUCGUACCGAUCCUGAAAGGCAUAAACUGUAUCGAGAGAUAAAAAACUGGAUGUUUGAGGAGCUUCAACUCGUCGAAAUAGAUUAUCACGAAAAGCUUCAAGAGUUGGCCGAGAACAAGAAUGAGCUGGAGCGAUGCAGAUCAGAACUUGGAGAUAAGGAAAAUGAGAUCCAACAACAUAGGGCAACUCUUGAGGCACAGAAAGCAAGCAUGGAAUUGAUGGAGCAAACCGUCGUUCAUAUAAUGGCACACUUGGGGCUUAACUUUACUUCUUUUAAGGAGAUGGAAGAAUGGUUUCUGGCGCAGAAGUAUGUGGGAGAUCAUCAAGGUUCAGCAACUGUGACCGCCAACUUUCAAACUUCCAUGGCUGAUUUUUGUCAGCCAAUGGGUCUUGGCCAGUACCAAACCAGCAUUGCUGCCUGUACUGCUGCUGGCUCAUCCUCUUCUGCAGGAGUUUGGAUUAAUUCUGCUGCACGCUCUCCCUUUGGCACAAAUGAUAUCUUGUCUGAGUAUGGUGAUCCGAACAAUAUUGGUAACCAUUUCGGCAGUGACCUUGCUGCUGGCCUGGACUACACAAGCAUUGUUGCCUCUAGUACUGCUGCUGGCACCUCCUCUGCUCCCCCAAAUGGUCAUGGUAAAGCAGGAGUCGGGAUUAAUUCUGAUGCUGUAAAUCAUGACUCGUGUGAGUUUGGUGUCCCCAACAAUGAAGAUUUCCUUCUCAGUGAUUUUUGCCUUUCCAUCGAUGACCUUGAUGGUAACAAAUUGAAAGGAAAUGAUCAUGAGAAUGAUGGUGGUCCUUUCCCCCCGUUUCCUUGAUGCAGGAUUUCAGCUUUGUGAAAAUCCAUCUUCGGAGCCACUUUGGCAAUGGCCCCCAGAUCCUUUAUUUAUAUCUUAUUAUCGCCAUAGUCUUUCCUCCAUUGUUUUGCAACUGCGUUUUGAUUGAUCAGUUUGAAUAUGUUUAAUAGAGAUGCUUGAUUAUUCAGUUGGUACUUUUAAGACAUCUUUCUCUUGAUGACUGAGUCACCUUUGACA